UUUAGAUUUGUCUGCUGGAAUCUCGUGCACUGCUGUAUGCAGGAAAGAUUUAGGGAAAUAUUACAAAGACAACCAUGAAGACAUUUACUUCUGUUCAAGCAGUUCAUGUUGUUUAUCUGUGUAUCGCCUGGUUGUGUAAUAUAAUAAAUCCUGUUUAUGGAGAAACUAUUGCUCUUAAUGAUGGAAAUGUUAAUAACAUAUUAGGAGGCCAUGAUAUUGUAUUUAUAAAUUUUUAUGCAGAUUGGUGUCGCUUCAGUCAGAUUUUAGGACCCAUAUUUGAAGAAGCAUCGAAUAAAAUAAGACAAGAAGUACCGGAAGCAGGGCGUGUGGCAUUUGGUAAAGUUGACUGUGAUAGAGAAGUAAAUAUAGCUUCAACAUACAGAAUUAGUAAAUAUCCCACAUUAAAAUUAUUCCGUAAUGGACAGGUGGUUAAAAAAGAGUUCCGAGGUCAAAGAUCUGCAGACUCGAUAGCUAAUUUUAUACGAGAGCAGAUGAAAGAUUCAGUGAUAGAACACACAAACGUUGAAGAUUUUGACGAAUUGGAUACCAAGAAAAGACAUGUGAUAGGAUAUUUUGAUACAAAAGCCUCAGACACUUAUAAAACAUUUACUAAAGUUGCCAGUAGUCUUAGAGAUGAUUGUGUAUUUCAUGCUGCUUUUGGACCAGCAUCAGUUGCGGAAAGGUCAGGGGGUGAUAAUAUAGUCUUUAGACCUGCAAAUUCUAGAAGACAAGAUAUAGUAUACAUGGGGUCAUUAGUAAAUUUUGAUACUGUUAAACAAUGGACUAGUGAAAAAUGUGUACCCUUUGUUCGAGAAAUUGUAUUUGAAAAUGCUGAGGAAUUAACGGAAGAAGGUCUGCCAUUUUUAAUUUUAUUUCAUAAAACUGAUGAUACUGCAAUUGUGGAGAAAUAUCAUACAGAAGUAGCUAGACAGUUAUCAUCUGAAAAAACCAGUGUAAAUUUUUUAACUGCUGAUGGAAGCAAGUUUACGCAUCCUCUGCAUCAUUUGGGUAAAACAUUAGAUGAUUUACCUGUGUUAGCUAUCGAUAGUUUUAGACAUAUGUAUGUUUUUCCUGGGGACAUCCGGGAAGAAAUGUCAAAACCUGGUGUUUUGAAAGCCUUUAUAGAUGAUCUUCAUUCUGGUAAACUUCAUCGUGAAUUUCAUCACGGUCCUGAUCCUACUUCAACAAUCCCACCACCUCCUGCUCUCGGUCAACAAGGAGAUCAAGAAGUACAGAACCAGCCUAAUCACAUUCCAAAAGAUGCCAGCGAUUCACAGCCUGCACGUGAACAGCCAACGUCUCCACCAGAAUCGGCAUUUAGAAAACUUGGUCCCUCUAGAAAUAGAUAUACUAUAUUACGUGAUGAACUUUAGAUAGCUAGUGUAGAUAACAUUAAUUUAAACAAAGAUAUUCAUUUAUAGUACAACACCCAAUAUAACUGGAGUAACAUCGUCAAAACUCCUCUGUAUGAUAAGAGAUCUCUACAAAUGACUACUGUAUAGUCGGCGAGCCCUUCAUAAAAUUCAUAGGAGGGUCUGUAAGAUAAAAUUUAGUUAAUAAGCUGGAAUUAAACAUUCAAUAGAAGACAGUUACUGUUUAUUACUGUAAAAGCUUUGACUUGAAAUAAACAGUAACGGUCUCCCAUAGAAUUGAUUCCUGUGUAUUAAAAUCUUCCAGAUUGGAGAAAUUUCUCCCAAAUAUAUUUUUUAAGUUUUUAUGCAAGUUGGUGAAUUUGUACCACAUGGUCUGGUAUUUAUUAUUAAUAGAGUUACUAUGGUUAUAUACUGAAUAUUGAUAGAUUGAAAUACUUGUCAAAGCUAAAAACCAUAGACUCCUCACUAAUACAUGGUGUAAUGUAAUAUUUUAAGGCCCUGUCUAACUAUGAGUUAUUUAGCUGAGGUCCAUGUUAUAUUGAAGUCCUAUUGUUGAUAACUAUAUUUAUGUAUAAUUUAAAAGUUAGGUAUAUUUGUAAGUAAUACCGAGACAGAUCAAUUUAAUAAUAGCCAAGUGAUAAUUGUUAAUAUCAUUUUGUUUAAGUUUAUGAAUUUCGUUUAUGUUAAGCUUUUUGUUUUUAACUGAGAAGUAGAAAGUGAAGCAAAUUAAACUUGUCAUGUUAUAUUUAAACAAUCUAAUUUAGACCCAUUGUCAAUUUUGUGUCAUUUUAUUUUUUUGUUGUACUACAUAUAUAUCUGACAAAAAUUUUCUUUCAAGAUAAUGUUCACAUCACAUAUCUUAUUGACCAUUCAAAUCAUUGUGGUUAAUUAUGGAUAUUUUAAACUCCCGCAUAUUAAGAGUGAAAGCGAACAUUAAGUAAAUCUAUUCACACAUGGGUGGAGUGUUGAUUUAUAGUUCGUUGAUAUAUAUAUAUAUAUAUAGAAUUGUCACUGAAUGAAAGUUGGUUAGAUUACAAUGUGGUGUAUAAAUCAGAAGAAAAAAAACAACAAAAUUGUUAUCUGAUUUUAAUUGUAUCUAUAAAGGUAAGAAUGUGUUGAGUUUUUGUAAAACAAUCCUUAUUAUAAAAUUCAAACAGAUCACAUCCACUGCUGUCUGAAUUCUUGAAAUCUUUAACACUUUUAUUAAUAUAUAAACUAAAUUAUUGAUAAUACAAUUAAAUAUCAAAUCUUGCCCAUUCAAAAUCAAAAUAUUUUACAAAAAAUGACAUUUUUAUCGUUUUGUCAAAUUAAGGAUUUUUUUUUUUUUUUUUUUUUUAAAUUGAGAUGAGAUAGUUGAAAAAUAGAAUCAACAUCUGAUCUCAAAAGGAUGAUUUACACCAUUCUCCAAAGUCAAUAUUAAAUCAACUAGUCUUAAUAAACUUGAAUCUAUGUAACAAUCCUGUGACUAAAUGAUCAAGACUGCAUUUGUUGCAGUCAGACACUGAUCAGCUUGUUAAUCAACGAUCGGGAAUACUUCUGUUACGGAAAUUUGUUGCCAAACAAUGUAGUCUUGAAUGGUUUUGACAAAAGUUUACAAAGGAAAUCAACACGAGGGGAAGGCAACACUUCUGAAACAAUUCCUGAUUUGAUUGUUAGAAUAUCUUUUUAUUAGGUUAAUGUUUAAAAGUUUUAAGCUUAAAGAUGUUUAUGGGAAUUUUUGAUUUAGAGGAAAAGAAAACAAGAACAUGAUGUGCAGAUAUAUAGAAUGUUUUGUAUAUUAUAAAUAUAGCAUAAAUGUAUCUAGUUGUUGUUGUUGUUGUUAGGGUUUGUAGUAUGAAAGUUUAUUUUUAUCUUCAGAAUUUAUAUUAGAUUGUGUGUAAUAGUAGAAGUUACAGCACUGUAUUUCAGACUGGCAUCAGGGUAUUUGUUGGGAUCAUUUCAUUACUAUUUUUCAUCAAUUUUAAAACCCAAAGAUGAAAAUAUAGGACUGGUUAACAGAAGAAUUAUUUGAUGCCGGAUCGUCACAUCAGAAAAUACUUUACAUCAUGUCUCUAUUGAAUCUAACAGUUGUUGUUUUUCAAACACAGAUUUAAUUCUUUGGUUGAAAAUGAGCAAUAAAAAAAUUUUCCAAAAAGACAAAAUUAAAAUUGUUUUAUUCUCAAGAAUGUGUGCUGAAAAAGAAAAUGUUUGUUUUUGGAAGGUAGUUCUUGUGGGUUAUUUAUUUUGUGUUCAUAUGUACAUGUUUUGAUCUGUUUCAAUUAUUGCUCUACACACCACUAUACUGUCUCUAUUAGAUCAUAUUUCUUAGUUUCUAGAUGGUUUCUCCAUAAACAUGCAUUAUGUAAGAGCUAAAUCUGCCAAUUGCAGGUCUGUUUUUUUUGGCCUCAAAUGUUAAAUAAUUUAUUAGACAUUUAUUCACAUGAGAAGCCCAUAUUCAACGCUCUAGACUAUCAGAGGGUUGUGAUUUUUAAUGGAUUGAAACUGCAUCGCAUUUAAUAACUGAUUCUAAAAAUGGAGAAUUAAGAUUUUGGUUUAUUAUUGUAAUAAUAGUACUUGACUGUAUUGUGAUAACUGUGCUCAGAAAUACUGAAAUUUUCAAUAUAUUCAUUUUUAUACAUCCACAUACAUAUUCCUUAUACCCUAAGGAUGAUCCCAACUGUUUUUAAUGAAUGCCCAACCCCCAGUGGCAGAACCACUAUCAUUUUUUCUGUGUGUUGCCUACAGCCUGCCAUUCUUAAUGGAUUGUCUUUGAACCUGGCAUAUAUGUAUUCCUUAUAGCCUAAGGACAGCAACUAUUGAUUUUGGUGCAUGUACCGAUCCCCAGGGGCAGCACCACUAUCAUUUUUUCUGUGUGUUGCCUACAGCCUGCCAUUCUUAAUGGAUUGUCUAGGAACCUGGCAUAUGUAUUCCUUAUAGCCUCAGGACGGCAAGUAUUGAUUUUGGUGUAUGUCCUGACCCCUUGGCAUAUUUAUUCCUUAUACUGUAAGAACAGCAUCUAUUUAUUUUCGCGCAUGCCUCAGUCUGUAAAUUUGGCAAAACAAAUGCUUAGCCUUCUUUGCCUCUUGUCAUAUUACAGUUAUUGCAACCGUUUCAUAUUUCAUUCUCUUCAUUUUAAAAACUACCAUAUCAAUCAAAGCAGGAAUGUGGAUGUAUGUUGUGGCAGUAGCAAUAUUUCGUCAUAUAUUUCAUUAUUUAUUUUUGAACUAUUAUAGCAAGAAUGACCAGCUCUUAUUUAAAUCUUACAUAAUGCAUUUUUAAUAUUGAUAAAGCUAGAUUAAUAUUUCUAAUAUUUCUGGUAAUCUCAGCACUUAAUAGAUAGUGAGCUAUAAUUAGUAUUUAUAUAGCUCAAAGUGAUAUGGGACCAGUUUUAUAUUAAGAAUUUUGAUGCUGUUGUCCCCAGAGUGUAUAGUAGAGUCCCCAGAGUUUGUAACCAAUCACAUCACCUGUUGCUAUUGUUGUAAAUUAUACCUGUACAUACACGACCCUCUAUAGGUGAUUAUCAAAGCUAAAGGUUCAUAUAUUAUGGUUUACAGCACAUUUUAUUGUAUAAUUAGUUCUGUUGAAACCACAUCUAUUACUGGGAUAUAAACAUUGUAUUAUUUACAUAUAUUAACUCAUAAUGAUGUUCAUUACAAAUUUUAUUGUCAAUUUUUGUGUGAAAGAUCUUCAAACGAUUUAUAAUCAUUCAAUAGAAAAAAAGUAUUAUUACAAGUUGGUGUGAUUUUUACUCUGGAAACCUAACUCUAUAUUUCACUGUAUGUGAGUGUGUGUCAAGUACUAGUAAGUCUAACUGAACAUAUAGAUAGUUAUUCACAACAAAACACAAGGUAUAUAUGGUCAUAACUACCAUCUUCAAUCAGAUUUAAUUGUGUAAUGAAUAUUCAUGAGGUGAUGUAGAUGAAUAUAACCAAUCAACAGUGCCAUUAUAGAUGUCAUGUUUAUUCAUAGUAAUGUGUGUUUCCGUAUGCGGUAGUGUUUGUUGAAAUAAAAUGCAUGUAGUCUUUAAACAUUUCACUGAAAACUUUUCUUGUACAUUAACUAUCAAAUAUGAACCGUGAAAUAACCAUGUAGCUAAAUUGCUCAUCUAGCUUUUGUAUAUUGUUUUGUAAAAUUUAGCUAUAAAGUAAAAUCUGUGUCACUUACUUUUGGUGAAAUCUGAGAUAAGACUUUGAGUCAAGUUUGGCUUGUAAUUCUGCAUUUGUUCGAAGGUAAUUGACUUUUACAUUUAAAUGCACUUUAAAUAAGGCUAACCAACCCAUAUUAUUGUAACACAUGACCCAUAAUCACCUCUCUAGAUGGCACAUUGGAAUAGCUCUAUGUUGGGUCAUGGAUUAUAAUCUUGUGGGGACGAUAGUUAUUCAAAUAGAGUUAGUGUAUUGGAGGGGAUGGUAUCGACUUUACCGGUAAUUUAUUUUUUAAUAUUUGAAGAUUGGUAUAAGUUUGUAUGGUUUUCAUUCUUAUAAUAUUUGUAAAUUGGUGAAAGGGGUGUACAUGUUGUGUACAGGAAUUAAAAAGGAAUCUAUCCUCUAUGCAGGUUCAUGAAUACAUCAUUCUCUGUAUCCCCAGUGGUAUCGGUCCAUCCACUAGGUGUUCACAAAUUCAAAUUAUCUCCCCUUGGUCGUAGCUUGAUUCUAUGAACCAAUCAAAAAACAAUUUACUGGUACAUACCAAUCUUUAUGUUUACCAUGAUAAUUUUUGUUGCAAUAAUUUGACUUGGUGUCUCCCUUGUGGAUGGACCCAAAGGCUAGUGGAGUAGAACAAAACGAUACCACUGGGGGAUACCGAGAAUGUGAAUACAUAUACUCAAUUUACCUCCCAUCUUGAUCAAUUGUUAGAGGUCAUAUUGAGAAAUGAGAAACAGGGAUUUAGUUAUCACUCAUCACAAUUAGUUUAUUCAGGACUAAAAGAAUGAUGAUGUUUAUCCUUUGUUUAAUUAUUUAUUGUGUAUGGGGUGUGGGGGAUGGUGAGUAGACUAGCUGCAGAAACCUAUUGAAGUUAGGCAGGCAGCCUUACAUGUCAUCUUGGAAUAUAAUACACAGAUGGCUCUAAAUCCAGAGUUUGAAGGGUUAAAAUUUUAGAAAAGCUGUUAUUUGAGCUACAUAUGUAAAUCGAGGAUGAAACUGCAUGGAUGAAAUUUUCCAUUUAAUUUAAUUUUAAUAUUAAUUUUUGCUUUAUGUUGACAUGGCAACAUGUAUCAAUAUUCUUUGUAUUAUAUUGUUUUGUAUAUAUUGGUUAUUUGUUAUAUAUUACAUGUAUAAUACUAUCACUUUUUACAUAUAAUGUAUAUAAUAAUAUAACUAUAGCCUUGGUCAAUUUGUUUUCUCUGUAAUCUCACAAACUGUUUCUGCUGCAUGGAUUACGAAAAACAAUUUUGCUCGUACUAUUCAACCACGAAUUGAAUAAUCUUCAUUUGUACAAUUCUGUAUUUUUAUCUUUCCAUCAAACAAUUUAUAAGUUGUCUAAAAAUAGAUCACUUCUAUAAUAAAGAAAAAAGUCACAUCUUGAAAAAUUGUGUUGUGUAAUCCAUUUGGCAGCAACAGCAGAUUCUUUAACAAAGAUAUAAAAUAUAGUUCCAUUCAAUUUAUGAAUACAAUAUAAACUAUGAAGAAUCCAGGCUUUAUUUAUACAUUAGACAUCAUCCCAGUUUUGGAAAGUUUGUACUUUACAUACUGGCAUUCUGAUGCAGUUGCUCAUUCUUCUUUUGAAAACUUUUUUUAUUUAAUUCACAAAACCAAUUAAAUUUAUAGACAGUAAUAAUGUAUUUAUUGAUUAAAUCGUCUGUCUUGAA